AUGCCGCCGAUCCGCAGCGCGCGAACCCGCAAGGCCCCCCCAGAUGGCUUCGACGAUAUCGAAGAUACCCUGCUUGAAUUCAGCAAUAAGAUGAAAGAUGCUGAAAACGCCUCUCACGAAGGCAAGAAGAGACACGAGGUAUUAUGGCCCAUAUUCCAAAUCAGCCACCAGCGGUCCCGAUAUAUAUAUGACUUAUACUAUGAGAAAGAAGCGAUAUCCAAAAAGCUUUAUGACUGGCUACUCAAGAACGGCUACGCGGACGCCAACCUGAUAGCUAAAUGGAAGAAACAGGGCUAUGAAAAGGUACGUUUUUACGCACCGGAGUUUUUUUGA